UUUGUUAGAGCUACCAAUUUUAGAAUUAAUUUGUUAUGUUUAUUGUUUUCAGACUUGUGAUUAAUGUAAAAAUAUUUAGCUAAUAAGUAAUAAGAGUGCGUCGAAUCGCUAUAGAACAUGUAAACAACAUUUUGUACACAAAAGAUCUUUUCAUGGAACAGUUACCAAAAACUUGAUGAAUAUGGCUAUGAAUGUAAAAGAAUUAUGCAGAUUAUGUGCUAAAAAAGACGAUUUUACUAAAGAUUUACUGGAUGUGAGUAACAGAAGCUUAUUAAAGCUAACUAAGGAUCUGGUGCAGAUUUCGAUUCAUGAAAAUGAUGAUUUACCUACACAGAUUUGUUUAAACUGUGAAGAGAAGAUGGUGUCAUUUCAAUUAUUUGUUUUGGAGUGCUAUAAGGCCCAAGAUACCUUAAAAAGUUUGUUCUAUGAUUUAACAGACGAUGUACCAGUUAAAUUGGAAACAGAUGUUGACUAUCAAGUUUCCAUUGUUAAAUCAGAGGUGAAAGAUGAACUGUUGACUGAAGACCUUGUUAUAUGUCAAGUCAAUAAUGAUGCAGAUUUGGCAAAAGAUGAUGACUUUAAUGAUUUUUCUCAUCAAGAUGAUGAUGAUGAUGACGAUGAUGAUUAUAUGACACUAGCAUCACUAAAAGAAGAAAAAUCGAAUGAAAUAGAAAAUGAUGGAGCCAAACGAAAAUUUCCUAAACAAGAGAAAAUCAAGCGUUAUAAGAAAAAAGUUGCAUCUCCAGAAGAAGUCGAAAAAGUACUGAAAAAAUCUAAUUGUAAAGUUCGUGAUUUUGUAAAACUGCAGUGUGAUAUCUGCGACCUAAAACUGAAGACGUGGAGUGAAUUACGACUUCAUUUUCACUCGGCACAUAAACUUAAACCAUCAAUUAAUUGUGUUUGUGGAUUUGUGAUAAAAUCUAAGAGUGUUCUUUACAAACAUGUGUCAGAACAUAAAGCUAAUGAUAGCAAAUCAAGUGGCAGCGAUAUGGACUCUAAAUAUUCCAACCUCAAAGUUUAUGAUUUUGUUACAUUUAGUUGCACGGUCUGUCAGAGGAAGUGCAGUAGUUGGUACACUUUGAAAAAUCACAGUGAAAGGGCUCAUAGGAUAGCACCAGUAGUACAGUGUAUUUGUGGAAUUACACUGAAGUCUAAAUCUGUUCUGUAUAAACAUAUUCAAGAUCAUAAAAAUCCAAAUAUGUUAAGUUGUGACAAGUGCCCAAGGAUAACAAAAACAAUUGAAGCACUUAACAAACACAAAAUGAGACAUGUUCCAAAAUCAGAAAGGAAAUUCAUUUGUAACAAUUGUAAUAAAAUAUUUAUCACAAAAGAUGCUUUAAAAUCGCAUGAAAGAUCUCACAUCCCUAUUGAAGACAGAAAGAUAUAUCAUUGUGGGAUUUGUGAACUAAAGUUCACGACGCGUUCGUCGGCCGCGUCUCACAAGCGCGUGGUGCACGACAAGAUCAAGAGCUACGUGUGCGACUUGUGCGGGUACGCGUGCGGCACCAAUGGCGAGUUGCGCCAGCACCGCGCCAUACACAGCGACGACAAGCCCUUCGUGUGCAAGACGUGCAACAAGUCCUUCAAGACGCAUUCAAACCUGAAGACGCACGAAGACACGCACGAGGCGACGUCGUAUCAGUGCUACGUGUGCAGCCGCGUGCUCAACAGCCGGCGCACGCUGCGCAAGCACCUGCUCGUGCACGAGGAGAAGUGCCGCCACGUCUGCUCCUACUGCCACAAGGCGUUCAAGAGGCGGCAGACUCUCAAGGUCCACUUAUACACGCACACGGGCGACAAGCCUCUGACGUGCAAGUGGUGCGACGAGCGCUUCGCGUACGCGUCGACGCUGCGCUCGCACCGCCUGCGCUGCCACCCCGACAAGAUGGCGGCGCAGGCCUCCGCCAACAGCUACGCCGGCUAUGCGCACCACUCCGCCGUGCCUAUACAGCCGGCUGACGUCACUAUCACGAAUUACAUCAAAAACGACGUAGCGGCCAGCUCAGUAAACAUUGCGAAGAAUGAAGUCGAGGCUAUGUAGAAGUAAACGUAGUGUUAAAGAUCAUUGUUACGUACUGUAUUAGAUCUUUUUACAUUAGUAUAGUUAUUACAAUAGCAAUUGUAUGUAUAUUAAAGAUAUAUAGAUAUCAUUUACAAAUAUCACCGUUUUUAUUGUUAUUUACAACAAGCAUAGAUUACAUAAUAAAGUAAGAAAUAUUGAUGAUACUAGUUCAUAGUACAUAAAAAUUAUUUGACUCAUUGAUUUACAAAUUAUUUACUUGUCUUCGAAUCAACAUGCCUCGUUGUAACUGCAUGCAAUA